AUGACUCACCUGGACGAGGUUCGUGCUGCCAACAAAGAGCUUGUUAAGACGAAACCAUUCGUUGCAGUCUUCGGCGGAGGCACGUCUGGUAUCGGGGAGUGUGGAGUCCAGCAACUCGCCGCCACUUUUGGAGACGACGGCGACGGCCUCAGGGUUUACAUCGUGGGACAAAAUAUGGACGCAGCGGAGAAGAUUAUUGCGGACUGUCGGCAAAUAUGCCCCGCAGGAGGCUUCAAGUUUCUCAAAGGCGACCUGGCCCUUAUCAAGGAGGUUGAUCGUAUCUGCGCAGAGAUCACGCAGGCGAAGCAGAUGCGAACGAAGAUACAAGGCACUGCGGCGAAGAUAGAUCUGUUGGUGUUGUGCCAAGGCAUAUUGGCUUUCUCAGGACCAGUGUACACUGAGGAGGGCCUCGACAAGUAUACUUCACUCUUCUACUAUUCACAGAUGCG